GAAUCGCGCAAUUCCGAACCCGAGUAGUGUUACGCCUUGCGAUCAGUCGCCUGCGCCGCAGUAGCUGAUGCCAUGUUCCGCGUAUCGUGUGUUGUUAUCGGAUAGAUUGUGUUUAUUGUGUUGGUAACGUGUUCGUGGCACAAAAUAUCGUUGAAGUGGGUUAAUUUGGUUACAAAAAGUUGUUGAUUCGUGUUCGACGACAGGCAUUUACUUAACAGGUAGCAGUCGACGAAACUCACGUGUGCAAGAAGGUGUUGCGGCUUUAAAACGAAGUAAUUCAGCGUUUUCACCUAUGAUCGGCGCCAUUUUAGAACGACAGUUUCGUUUACAGGGUGAUAAAGUGGUGUUGCUUUGGUGCUGUAUGACUUCACCGUAAAUUCCAUGUAUAUUUGUUGUUAUUUUGUGAAUGUGUUUUGACCCGAACAGCGACUUCGCAGAGAACUGUCGUCUGGUAUAGCUUUAUGGUUCAGUCCAUUCCUGUUGGACAAGGGGUGCGCGUGCUCGUUUAUGUACUUCGUCUACGACCAGGAAUACUUACUUCCCUGUAAUUAAUAUAACAAAUAAAAGUGGCAGUCACCUCUAAAAGGAUAAAAAUUCUCCGUGUUCCGAAUCGCUGCCAAUAAGCAGCGGCAGGUCUAAUUAUCGGACAGGCACUGUUUGUUGUCGCUCUAUCUCUCUUCGAUACAGGGCGGAAGUAGCACUGUCAGUUGAGGUAUCAGCAUCCAGUGUUGGCCUUGAGCGCGUAGAGGUUACUGCCCCAAGCACGCUGGAUUGUUUACCCGGUGACAACAUGGGAGACGGUUAUUCGCGAGUGAUGCGCCGUUUUCAGUGAGGAUUCGUAGACCCCCAAUUCAUGGGGCCUCCGAUUUCAUGAUGUCGCAGGAACCCAUGGCGUGGCGUAAACACGAUCACCUCAUGCUAAUGGAUAAGUCUAAGCCUAAAAUGCCCAAUGCAGGAGGUGGGAGUGAUACGAUGUCGCGGCAGCGGGGUGGCCACGUGCCUUUGUACGGACGCUUGGUGGCGGAAGAACAGCUCGUCGCCGGCCACCCCCUGGCCGCUGCAGGGGCCGUCCCGACUGACAUCCAGGCCAUGCAAGCAAGGAUACCCAACACCUUUCGGGACCCUGCGGCCGCGCCACUUCGGAAGCUUAGCGUCGACCUCAUCAAGACUUACAAGCACAUUAAUGAGGUGUAUUAUGCCAAAAAGAAACGGAGAGCAGCUCAAACGCAGGGUGAAGACAGUUCGCAUAAGAAAGAGAGAAAACUGUACAACGACGGAUAUGAUGACGACAACCACGAUUACAUUGUAAAAAAUGGUGAAAAGUUCCUGGACAGGUACGAAAUCGACUCACUGAUAGGCAAGGGGUCGUUUGGGCAGGUGGUCAAAGCCUUCGACCACGAAGAGCAGUGUUACGUAGCUAUUAAGAUUAUUAAAAAUAAAAAACCCUUCCUCAAUCAGGCCCAAAUCGAAGUGAAGCUUUUAGAAAUGAUGAACAGAGCCGACGCCGAUAAUAAGUAUUAUAUAGUUAAAUUAAAGCGACACUUUAUGUGGCGUAAUCACCUCUGUCUUGUGUUCGAACUAUUAUCGUACAAUCUCUAUGACCUUCUGCGGAACACGAACUUCCGAGGCGUGUCACUCAACCUCACCAGGAAGUUUGCACAGCAACUGUGUACCGCUCUGCUCUUUCUCUCCACGCCAGAACUGAACAUUAUUCAUUGUGAUCUUAAGCCCGAAAACAUUCUUCUUUGCAACCCCAAGCGAUCCGCCAUCAAAAUCGUCGAUUUUGGAAGUUCUUGCCAACUUGGACAAAGGAUAUACCAAUAUAUCCAGUCGAGGUUUUACCGAUCGCCGGAAGUACUGCUAGGAAUACCGUAUGACUUAGCAAUAGAUAUGUGGUCGUUAGGAUGUAUUCUAGUUGAAAUGCACACGGGCGAACCCCUAUUCAGUGGUGCCAACGAAGUGGACCAAAUGAAUAAGAUCGUUGAAGUGCUUGGCAUGCCCCCCAAACAUCUCCUCGAUCAAGCGAAUAAAGCGAGAAAAUUUUUUGAUAAGCUGCCAGGAGAUGGAAAGUAUAUUUUAAAGAAACCCAAGGACGGUAAAAAAUACAAACCUGCCGGUACGAAGAAAAUCCACGAUAUAUUGGGCGUGGAAUCGGGUGGUCCAGGGGGCCGUAGACUAGGUGAACCUGGACACUCCAUGUCCGACUACCUCAAAUUCAAAGAUCUGAUCCUUCGAAUGCUCGAUUACGACCCCAAAACGCGGAUCACACCCUAUUAUGCGCUUCAGCACAACUUCUUCAAAAGGACAACGGAUGAGGGCACGAACACGGCCAGCAGUACAAGUUCCAGCCCUGCUGUUAUUAGCAUGGACAUGUCUUCUUCAAGCAGUCAACAUGGGUUAAACCUUAUAGGGAGAUCACGUGACUACACCUCCACCUCGAAUGCUGUAACCACGACCAUCACCGCCAACCAUUCGUACCAACCGACUAGUUAUACGGCCAUGGAGUGCGAUCAGUCGCCGUCGAGGCUACAACAACAGCAGCCACAACAGCAGCAGCAGCACUCGCAUCGACCUCCCCGCUAUCAUCAUCAGGCCUCAUUAAUAAACUAUGGGCCAUCGUCGCUCCCUUAUCAAUCGUAUCCCGGUCAUGCCAUACCCGACGGUCCAUCGACGAAACACGGACCGACCGCAAACGGGCCGACGUCUAAUAGCGCGCAAGUUGAUAAAGAAGACAACAGCGCCAUGGUCGGCGUGUGCGCGCAACAGAGUCCCGUCGCGAUACACUGAGCGUGCAUGCGCGUGCGUCUAAACGACCCGCCCACUGAGUUAAUCGGUCCCCCGUCCGGCGUUCUCGAAUACGGACGGUGAAGAGAAUAGAGUACCCGUUGUCCUCGUUAAUUUUGAUUUUUUUUAGUGAAAGAAAUUGACAGAAAUUGGAACGAUGUACGUUUUCCUUCGCGAGUAACGCGCUGAGGACAAAGAAAAAAAGAAUGUCGUUCUCAUGCGUCCGAGUACAACAGACUGGGGGCUUUCUUAUCGAUGCCCUGUUGUGCCAAUGAGUCAAGUAAAAGUGACUACGAUGAUAACGACGUCUACGAUGACGAGGACGUCGCCUAUGGUUUUUAAAUCAUUGAAAUUUUUAUUAGCUUAAGGAUAAAGUAAUUUAUGCUAGUAUUAAAAAAUACACAAAUAAGGUAGUAAAUUAUACAAGCAUGUAUACAUGUUUCAUAUGAUUUUUCGUUUUUUUUUGUUUUUUUUUUUGUAACGUGGCUCUGGUCAUCAAGUCACCGUCUACCCUCUGUGUCUCUCUAUUAUGGUCCGUUCGUAUGUACCUUGUCUUUUUU